GCCAUUCAACACCUCCGAACGCCACACUCCCACAUCCUUCUACCUGCACGAAGCCGUGAAUAGCUGCAGCAAGAGUCGGAGACGCCGGUCUUGACAAUCUCGACGAUCUUGACGGCUCGAGCCUGCGCUGUGUACCGAUCACGGCCCCUUUGCAUCCUUCACCUCUCCCCACGUCAGCGUUUCAAUUCGACGUCUCGCACUUCGACUCGGCAAAGUCUGCAUACGACUGCAAGCUCUCUUAAGAAGUGAGUAGAGCGAGGGAAAAGAAGAAAGGAAACGCAAACAUGUUCACCCGCCUCCCCCGCCUCGCUGCGCGCAGCUCGCAGACCAUUCUGUCCUCCACAGCUCGAACACCAUUGACCGCACGAGCGACAUCACAAACAGCCCUCCGUCUUGCAAGUACACAUUCAGCUCAGGACGACCACGGACACGGCAGCGGUGGUCACGGACAUGAUGACCACUUUGAUCCUCCUGGUGGGUGGCUCUGGGGCCAACGACCGGGCGAAAAGUACGAGAAGGAAGGGUGGGAAGGACUUGCGUGGGUGUUUGUUGCGAGUUGGGUGGUUGCCAUUGCGGCGUACACGAUGAAGGAGGAUACUUCGAUACAAACAUGGGCACUCGAAGAGGCGAGAAGACGACUGGAGAAAGAGGGGUUUUAUGAUGAGUCGAAAUAAGCAAACACGCUGGUAGCAGAGAAACCAGGGUGAUCGAUUGGAGGGGUUGACUCGUAGAUAAUGACCGCUGGGGUUGUCGCGUCUUUUUAUGCUUGCGACUUUGCUUUUACGGGUUCCGGAGGGAAUACUGAUUAGACCAUCUAUUUACAAGGCUCAAAACAACCCUUUGAAGAAAGGCUCGAGUGGUUGGAAGAAAUGCCGGUCACUUGAACGGGCGGGCAAGAUCAGAUUAUUCCAAUACCAAGGCGAGUGUAGACAGAGUCAUUGCUCUUGCUGCUGCUGCUGCUGCUGCUCGAGAGAGAGAGAGAUCGUGACUAUGUGUCCGGUUUGCAUUUCUCUGAUGAAAGAAUGCUUGCUUCCUGUACAUAUGAGUUCGAGGCCGUCCCUCCGGCCGGAAUGGAGGAUUAUGCCACCCAGGCCCCAACAAUAUGAGCAUCGUGAGGGCCGCAAUGAGUAUCGAGACCUCUUUCUUAGCCG